AUGGCGUCCUCCACCGAGCAGCUGUUUUCCACCCUUCUGAGAAGCGAUCGCUUCAAGAACCACCUCUUCCCAUAUCUGUCGACUGCAGAUAUCUGUGCCCUCCGAUCAACCUCAUCCUCCUGCUGUAGCCAGGUCACAAAGCGUCUCUUUACUCGCGUUCAUGUGACCUUCACCCCCAGUACCUUCACCAAACAAUGCAGACUUACAGCACUUGCUCGCAUCGGCCAGCACAUCGAACAUCUCACCUUUUACUUUCCUCACUCCGAGGAUACCUUUCUCCCGCCACUGAUUCACCCAGAGACCGGCAAUGAGAUCUCAUUUCUAUAUACGCCACUUACAAGUCUCAGCCAGGUCCUGGUCCGCCCAAAAUACGGCAACUCACAGCUGGGUGAGAUCUUGACGCAGCAAUAUCCUCCCUUGUUCCACUCCGCCACCAAUGUUCCCAGCUUCAUCAAUGCCAUGAAGUCGAUGCCCAAUAUGAGACAUCUGACUGUCUGGUGUCCUGGCCAAGAGCCUCAAGAGAGGUACAGAAGGAACAUUGUUGACUACGCUCUCAUCAGUUUACGCAUCUCUCUAGAGCGCGCACCUUUGACCAAGCUCUCUAAGCUAUCCCUGUCUUCAGUCCACCCUGGCGCAUUCAACUACUUGCGCCAUGUCCCAGGCUAUGGGUCUGUUCCAUCCUCUUCGCGCAGAUGGAAGCAGAUCAAGAAGUUGUACAUUUCAGUCGAAGCCUGGGACUUUUAUGGUGCAUCCCCCGGGCUUGAUCACCUGAAGGUCAUCGAUGAUUACCUUCGCUCAUUUGCGCCAACGCUUGAGAAGCUGAGCUUCACAUGGCGAGGCAGCAAAGGACCCUGCCCAGUGGCCCUCUCGGACGACCCUCUCUUUGCGCCGGGCAAGGUCUCCAGGAAACUAUUUCACGAGGUAACAUCCCCCAUGUCACCUCUGCCAGAGAUCCCAAUGCGGUCCCAGAUCCACUUCCCAAAGCUACGCUUCCUACAAAUCCGCAAUGCGGCCAUGAACGCGCCGCAGCUCAAGGGAUUGAUCAGAUCACACCGGGAUACCGUCAAGGAGUUCGACUUUGCAAAUGUCGUGCUCACAAACAAGGGCAACUGGGAUGAGGCUCUGUCUCCCCUGGACAAGGACUCAUUAUGGUCGCGGAGCAGCUCCACCGCGGCAUCGUCAGAAGCCAGCUUCGUCAGCAGCGACAGCUCGGAAGAUCUUUCCUUCCCGAGUGCUGCCGCUGAGGCUGCCAGCAGAGACCUCCUCGACGAAGAGUUUAACGCUUUCCAUCUCUGCGACGAAGAGCGAGAUAUCCUUUACGGCUUGCCUCAAGAAUCAACAUACGGAUCAGAGUCAAGCCUUGGCUUCACAACGAAAUUCACUAGGAAGCACUCGCGACGCCGCAGAAAGCAUCCUAAAUACGACAGCGACGACUAUACAUCCUCCGAGGUUUCUGAGCAGUCAUCCUUCCCGCUCCCACUUUCCAUCAAAUCUUCACUUUCCUUCCGGCGCCACAAACGCAAGGAAUCCCCCCCUACCUUGAACCGAUCUUUCGAGUACGAGGGCAGCCGCGCCUCUACUGUGCAUAUCCCCAUCAUCGGACCAAUUCUAAACAACGACCCCAAGCCGGUUCUACUACAACCGGCAAUAUAUGAUCCCUCCGGCCGUCGCUCAACUCCUCCCGACGAGAGCAUCUCCACUGUGCAGCGCAAUAUCGAACAGGAAGAGGCCCACCGUCACUUCGCGGAGGAUGCCGGCGCGCGUAUAAGCGCCCUGCGCAAGGCCAAACAAGCGGUGUUGACGAAGCUCAGCCGCGAAUUCUACAGCGGGAGGAAAUCCACUAACCAGCAGGCCGAAGCCGUCGCGGCCUGCAGGUUCAUGGCCAGCCGGGAGUUUGCUGGCUGUGGCAUGGAAGUCAUCGAGGACCACAGGGGCCCAGAAUCCCAGAGCCUUAUGGUACCUCUGCUUUUCGCGAGGGCAUAA